AAAUAGGUGGCCACCUGGUGGGCGGUGGCAACUGGGAAGCUAACUGGUGAACCAGAGGGUCGCAGCCCACAGUAGAACAAAGGGUCCCAAACCCACACCACGAAAAAUCCGGAAAACAAAGAGUAUAUAGGAAAGAGCUAAAAAAAGGAAAUGUCAGAUUCAGACGCGGGGGAAUUUAUUGCCACCUUUGACGGCCGAUGACUCCCUCUCCCAACUAAAAUUCCUCUCAUUUUCUUUCCAUUUUCUCUUUCGUUCUUUCUUUCUUUCUUCUUCUCUCACUUUUCUUCCACAAAGAGAAAAAGAAGAAGAAGAGAAGGUACUCGUUUAAGGUUAAACUAUAUUUCUAAAGGAUGCAGAUGGGUCGGGAUCGAAGGUCAAGAUCUGCCAAGUCCACCACCAUUCAUGGGUUUGCUCAGUCUGGGGAUCUUGUUGGUCUCCAGAAGCUGCUCAAGGACAAGCCCUUUCUUCUCAACGAGAGAAAUCCUGUUAUGGCACAGACACCAUUACAUGUUUCUGCUGGGUAUGAUAGAGCUGAGAUAAUUAAAUUUUUGCUUGACUGGCAAGGACCAGAAAAGGCGGAGUUAGAGGCCAAGAAUAUGUAUGGAGAGACUCCAUUGCAUAUGGCAGCCAAGAAUGGAUGUAAUGAUGCUGCAAAGUUGCUUCUUGCUCAUGGUGCUUUCAUUGAAGCCAAAGCUAAUAAUGGAAUGACACCAUUACACCUUGCUGUUUGGUACUCAAUUCGAUCUGAUGACUAUGCAACUGUCAAGACACUGCUUGAGUACAAUGCUGAUUGCACUGCUCAGGACAAUGAGGGUAUGACUCCUAUAAAACAUCUCUCAAAUGGCCCUGGAAGUGAGAAGUUACGUCAACUAUUACAUUGGCACCUUGAAGAGCAGCAAAAGAGAAGAGCACUUGAAGCAUGUGGUGAAACAAAGGCUAAGAUGGAUGAACUUGAAAAGGAGCUGCUGAAUAUCGUGGGCUUGCAUGAGCUCAAAGUACAACUUCGUAAAUGGGCAAAGGGGAUGCUCUUGGAUGAAAGGCGCAGGGCCCUUGGGUUGAAAGUUGGUGCUAGAAGACCUCCUCAUAUGGCAUUCCUUGGAAAUCCUGGAACAGGCAAGACCAUGGUAGCUCGGAUUCUUGGGAAAUUACUCCAUAUGGUUGGAAUUCUACCUACUGACAAGGUAACAGAAGUGCAACGGACAGAUUUGGUUGGUGAAUUUGUUGGACACACAGGGCCGAAGACAAGGAGAAAGAUCCAAGAAGCAGAGGGGGGAAUUCUUUUUGUUGAUGAAGCAUAUAGAUUAAUACCUAUGCAAAAAGCAGAUGAUAAGGACUAUGGAUUGGAGGCCUUGGAAGAGAUCAUGUCUGUAAUGGACAGUGGAAAAAUUGUUGUCAUAUUUGCUGGGUAUAGUGAACCAAUGAAGCGUGUAAUUGCUUCUAAUGAAGGGUUCUGCAGAAGAGUGACAAAAUUUUUUCAUUUCAGUGACUUCAAUUCUGAAGAACUAGCAAUGAUUCUCCAUAUCAAGAUGAAUAAUCAAACAGAGGAGAGUUUGUUAUAUGGAUUUAAGUUGCAUAGUUCUUGCAGUUUAGAUGCAAUAGCAAGAUUAAUAGAGAGAGAAACAACAGAGAAGCAGCGUAAGGAGAUGAAUGGAGGUUUAGUUGAUCCAAUGCUAGUUAAUGCUAGGGAGAACCUAGAUCUCAGGCUCAAUUUUGACUGUAUAGAUGCAGAUGAACUGUGUACCAUAACCUUAGAAGAUCUCGAAGCAGGCAUCCGGCUUUUAUCACAGUGAUACAGGGUUUCAAAUGAAGCUGAGAAGCAAACUAUGUUCUUUUAUCAUUCUCUAGUGACCUCGAUGGGACAUCAAAUCACACUAGAGGCUUUAUUCAUUUUAUUCCUUUGAGGAUGGUUGCAGGUGCUGCUGAAAACUCAGAAGCUGGUGGGUGGGCUUAUAUAUUAGGGAGCUUAUUCUUGUACAAUUUUAAUUUUCCUACUAUUUCAUUCCUUUGUUGCAACAAUUGAUUAACUCUCAGAUAUCUAUUCUUCCCUUAAAGGGCAUUAUUUCUGGGUCAUGUUAUAGGAGUAUUCAUUUGUUUUACGGCAAUAAAAUCUUUAUUCCAGCAUCUCUGGAUGAAUGCUUGGGUUGUUUUUAA